CUUUCCCAGCUCAGGUGUGCAAAAGCAGCCUGCAUUUCCUAUCAUAGGACAUGGAGCCAAGCCAGGCCUUGUGGAUGACAAAGGACAAUUGUUGAAUGAGAGACAGGCUACUUUUUUGGAGACCCUUCCUUUUAUAGUAAACAGUUGUCUUUGCAAUUUACCCACCCCUCGGUAGGAGACCCACAGCUGAGUAUAUAAGGCGUGGAUGCAAGUGUUGCCUUUUGUUCCUUGAAGCCCCUAAGGUUUUUUCAACCAAGCACUUUGGCAGGAAAUCCAGACUCAUGGCUCCUAAAAAACCUGACCCCAAGAAAGAAGCCCCCAAAGCAGCUGCGGCUCCAGCUCCAGCUCCAGAACCACCUAAAGAACCUGCCUUUGAUCCCAAAAGUGUGACCAUUGAAUUCAAUGCUGACCAGAUUGAAGAGUUCAAGGAAGCAUUCAUGCUCUUUGACAGGACCCCAACUGGAGAAAUGAAAAUCACAUACAGCCAAUGUGGAGAUGUCAUGCGAGCCCUGGGACAGAACCCAACCAAUGCAGAGGUCUUGAAAGUGCUAGGGAAACCAAAGCCAGAAGAAAUGAACACAAAGAUGCUGGAUUUUGAGACCUUCCUCCCAAUGUUUCAACACAUUGCCAGAUCCAAAGACCAAGGGACUUUUGAGGACUUUGUGGAAGGACUGCGUGUCUUUGACAAGGAAGGAAAUGGCACUGUCAUGGGAGCUGAGCUGCGUCAUGUUCUUGCUACUUUAGGCGAGAAGAUGACAGAGAGUGAAGUUGAACAAUUGAUGGCUGGACAAGAAGAUGGUAAUGGCUGCAUCAACUAUGAAGCUUUUGUCAAGCAUAUCAUGUCUGGCUGACGCUAGAAUCUUGAAAAUUCUUCAGAUGAAUAAAAAACUGAUUCGGCAGAAAUUUCCUCAUACUAUUUCCCCCUUAAAACUCUGUAGGAGAUGAAUCUACCACAAACCACAUUAAAGGGGCUGCCCAUUAUAAUAACAAAACCACUGCAUUAAACACCUCUGCAUCAAUUUCAAAUUU